GCCUAUCGCGGGCUGGGGGAGGAGCCGCCGGCCGGAGGGGCGCUAUAUAACGCCAGUCAAUCAUUAGUGGACACGGGACCUCUGUGGAGAACGGGGGUGUGCUGUGCUGCUCGUCUGACCAGCUGCGGGAUUCUGGGACCGUGCGGACGCUCAGCAUGCGGGGGAUCUGCUUUCUGCUCUUCGGCGCCGUCGGCCUGCUGCUGUGGCCGCAGGGGCGAGCGCAGGGGCUAGCGCUGGGGCCAGCGAAAGGGUCCAGCAGAGCGUUCUGCGACAACAAGGACGUGGAGGCCGGCGUGGACCUGGCGCUCGUGGCCCACAAUGCCAAGCUGCAGCAGGGGAACCAGCUUGCGCUCUACCAGACCGUGGGAGCCUCGAAGGAUGUGAACGAGUCCACCACUGUGUUCCGCCUGACGUUCCUCGUGCGAGAGUCUGACUGUCCAGUAGGGGGAGACAAAGAGUGGCGAGACUGUGACUACCUGCCUCAGCCCGAUGCGGUGGCUCCCAGCCCGUGCACAGCAGUGGUGUACAGGAACAACGCUGAAGAAAGCCUAGCCGUGGUUUCAGUCGAGUGCAAACCCUCAGUGGAGCCCAUGGUGGUUCCAGAGCGGGCGCAGUGUCUGGGCUGUCCCCAGAGGAUCGACCUGGAGAGCGAGGACCUGAGGGAGCCCGUGUUGUCCUCCCUGUCCAAGUUCAACGCGGAGGGCGGCUCCAGCCACCACUUCCUGCUGCGCGAAAUGGUGUCCGCCACACGGCAGGUAGUCGCAGGAUUCAGGUAUGACGUUCAGUUCUACCUGGAAAAAAGCAACUGCUCAAAAAGUGACUUCAAAGAGUUAACAGAGGAGUGCCACCCAGCUGAAACAGAACCAGAGUUUGCCAAGUGCAAUUCCACCGUUUAUAUAGCGCCUUGGAGAAGAGAGGAACCUGAAGCUCACGUGAACUGUGAACGUAUUGUCCAGACGGGAUUUUCUAGACGGAGACCUCCCGGCUGGUCCCCCCUCAGACACUUCAACAACUUCGCUGAGCGGGCAACAGCGGCGCCCCCCGUGAGCACGGCCCAAACCCUGGCCCCCCCGGCCCCAACACCAAACUCCUCGGAGGAGUCGCAGGAGGUGACCUCGCGGUCGCCCGCCACGGGCUCUGGAGCCACUCCAGAUCCCGCCGACCUGCUCGAGCUCCCCCCGGCGUCUGAGCCCGUCAAGCCCUUCAACUGCCCCACCAAACCCUGGAAGCAGUUCGUCCCCCUCACCCCCCCUCCUCCUCCUCCCACCCCCCAAAAGAAGCCCACCCCCGCCCCAGAGCUCACGCUAGAAGACAAUGGGGCCUUUAGCGACUUAGACUUGAUAUGAUAGAUGUAGCCCAGAAGGUUCAUUUGUGACAGUUUCUCUACGUAUUUCUUUUAAAAUCUUCACAGGGAGGACAAAAAAGGUUUUGACUCUUAACAAGUUUUCAGUCUCACACUUUGUUACUGGCUUAAACAAUGAGGGGGGAAAAAUACUGCUCUUUUAAUAUUUUACGGAUGCAGACGUGUAUAUAUGCAAACUAAUAAAUGUUAUCUAGACUUCUUAACAUA